AUGGCGUCGUAUUGGGCAUCAUGGACGGACUACUGCGAUGCAACCGUCCAAUCCCUCGUCCCCUCCUCACUCGCCAACGCACUGCCAUGGACUGCGACGAACAGCCGAGUCACCGACGCCCUCGCACACAUCAACCCCUACCCUCCCCUCCCGAGCGAAGUCAUCCUCCGCAUCCUCGCCUUCACCCUCCCCGCUCCCUCCUACACGCACGCACACGAGCGCACCCGCCUCCUGAAGCAGUACGCCCUCUUCUGCCGUGACUGCGCACGCUGGGCUACCCUCCUCCUCCGCCGCGACGUCGCAUGCACGUCCGUCGACGCAACGACGAGCUUCCUCCGCUGGGCAGUCGGGCCCGCGAAGGACUCUCGAGGCGGUCUGCUCGUGCAGAGCGUGCGCUUCGGGACGGGGGGAACGAAGAGCAAGGCGAGCGACACGGUGUGGGACCGGCAUGACUCGUUCAACGCCGUCCGCCAUGCCGCGAUUCAUUGUCCGAAAUUGAGCGAAUUGUGGCUGAGCGGGAUGGACCAGCUCGAACACAAGGUGUUGCGGUACACGAAGAACCUCCGCUCGCUCUACGUGCACGAAAUCCGCCUCUUUCCCCUUCCACUCGCCGACACCUGGCCCAUCCACCUCUCGAACCUGACAACCCUGCACCUCUCCGCCAUCCUCGCAGCCGGCCCAUCCUUCUCGCAGCUCCUCUCACCCAAGACGCUCCCCUCCUUGCGGCACCUCGACCUAAUCUCGGUCCACCGCUCGCUCAUCCCAUUUGAGGAAGUCCAGCAACACGCGGCGAUGUACCAGAACGACCCUGCGAUCCCGGCACUGGGCGGCACAGGCGCCGCGAGCAUCACUGCUUCGCUCGCCUCGCUUUCUCCGCCCUCCUCCUCCUCCUCCUCCGCUGCCACGCCCUCGCACCCACUCCUCUCCAUCGCACCGCAGCUCCACUCCCUCACCCUCGGCCCACACCCAACGCGCACCCUCCCCCUCUCACUCUUCCCCCCUCUCUUCAGCCUCUCGACCUCCCUAACCCUCCUCUCCCUCCCUCUACCAACCCUCCUCUCCACCGAAUUUGCCCACCUCUGCCUACCCCCCUCGCUCGCGCUCCUCCGACUAACAAAAGACCCCUCGGCUCUCACGGCGCACUCGUCGCCCGAAGCGCUCUUUGAACUCGAGACCGAAUGGCGGUCCUCUGCAUUCGACUCUGCUCUCCCAGAUCUAGAUCUAGAAGGGAAGGGCGUAUCGCUGGAAGUAGCGUUCGAGGACCGGCUUGCGCGGAGGAAGUUGUGGGAGGUCCGAAGAAGGGGGGAGGAGGUUCGGAAGGGACGGGAGAGGGCGGUCGAGGAGCUUCGACACCUUGGUGGACGUGGGAGGAGGUACCUCGUCUUACCUGGCGGAUUGAGCGACGGCGGGAGAGAAGCCGACGAGUACGGAGGCACAGGCGCGGAACUGCAGGAAAUCGUCCGCCUCAAAGACGGCGGCGAGGUGGUCAUCUUCUCCGAAGACCCGGCUCAGGAGCGGAAGGACGGCGCGUUCAGAUUGGGCACGGAGCGGUGGAGGCGGUUCGUCGAGCGUCCUUGUCCUGAUUCGUUGUUGUAG